AGAUGUCUGCAACUGGAACCUUAUAAUGAAGUGUGUCAGUACAUGAAGGGUCUCAGUCAUGUGGCUAUGGGUCAGUUCUACGAGGGCAUUAAAGCCCAGACUAAAGUCAUGCUCAACGACCCUCUCUUGGGACAGAAAGCCAGCUCAGAAUAUCUGAAAGUCAAAUAUCUCAGAGAAUACUCCCGUUAUUUACACUCUCAUCUGGAUGUGCCUGUUGCGGAGUAUAAUGUCGAUCAAGAUUUGCCAGGAAACUUUAAGAACCACUGGGCCAAAAAUCUCCCCUUCCUCAUUGAAGACUACGAAGAAACAGCCUGGACUUCAGCCGCAUAUAAA